CUUUAGUUAGCUCCCGGUAACAGCUGCAGUUCCAAUCGAGUAGAAUGAUGUUGAAGCUUACAACUUGCUGCCUGCUGCUUGUCGUGGUGCUGGCUUCCGCCGAGGCAAACACGGACGCCUCGACGGUGUGCGUGGGUCGCUGCCACAUCCUGGAUCUGCAUGACAAGCGAAGGGUGUGCACUCGGGAUGCCAAAACGAACUUGUGCACCAAGAUGCUGCCCUGCCGGCUGCGCGAACGCAACUGCGCCCUGAGACGUCUGGGCCGGCCGCCGCUCAGGGAGACCAGCCUCGGGCAGUGCGCCAAUGUUGUGAGCAGCACCGGCACCGCUCGAUGCGUGCUCAUACCACGCCCCAGCUGCAUUGACAAGUCCUGCAACAAGCUGUUGCCCAACAGCUGCUGGCGCACCAGAGAUGGGCGUAACCUUUGGCUGAGCCUCUGCGAUGCCCGGGAGAGGAACUGCAUCAACUGGAACAACCCGCGGUUGCAGCUGGUGCGCAUCCACGACGUGCAGUGCCGCUCAAAGGCGCCCGUCAUCAAGGGCUAAGCACGCU